AUGUGCCUCACUGACAGUGAAAUUGAGGAGGAUGUGUCAGAGUUAGACAAUACUUCUGAAAUCGAUGAUGUUGUGGAGGACCCAGAUUAUGUUGGAUCCUCCUCUGAUGAGAGCAAUGUUCCAGAGGAUGGCCCUUCUGAAUCCUCACAACCACAAGAUUUUCAGGUGUAUGUAGAACGUGACACAGUGACUGAAGGUCAGAACAUUUCACUCACCUGUAACACCAGCCGCGCUCUAAAACUGACUGCCAACAGUCACACCUUCAUCUGGUACAAGAACAAGAGACGUUUGAAUCUUCAACACUCCAGUAAUAAACUGAAUCUGAUCGCUGUCAGCAGUGAGGAUACAGGCAGAUACUCCUGUGCACUCAAAGACCUCGAAACAUUCCCUUCUGAAGAGAAACUCAUCAUUGUCAAACACGGCUAUGCUCCCAGAAACACAACAGUAUCAGUGGGAUCUGUGGAGGGUGGUGUGGUGACUUUGACCUGCAGUAGUGAUGCUAAACCACCACCCACUUACAGCUGGUUUAAGAUCACUGAUACUGUUCAGAGACAGAGCCUAGAGCACAACUUCACUGUGAUUGAUGGAAACGGAGGAUUCUUCUAUUGUGAAGCAACAAACACAAUCGGAUCUCAGAACAGCACCAUCAUACAACUGACAGGCUCAAACUUGAUGUGUGGAAUAAGAGAACUGGAAUCAUAACACUGUCAUCUCUACUGAUUCUGCUAUUUAUUUGUGGAACUCUGUGGAUAUUGACCCUGUGAACUCACGUCGCAGCACUGGCCGAGACCUCUGACCUGGAGGAGAGAGAAAGUUCACAUCAGGAUGAAGUUCAGUACUCAUGUGUUCAUUUCAAGCAACACGGCAAAGUUAAAAACACUCCAGCGAUUUUUGCACAGGAAGCUGAGAGCCAUUAUGCUGCCAUUAAAGUUUGAGAGCAGUGGUCUGCCACCGAGUAAAUCAGAACAACAACAACAUAUACAGUAUAUACAGUAUGUAUGUAAACACUGCUUGUGCUGUAUUAUCCUGUAACAUUGUAUCAUUGUUUUGUGCAGUCUGUAUAUUCAUUCAAUUAUAAUUACAAUUAAAAAUCAU